AUGCAUACACUAAUUCAACAUUUCAAUGAGGAACAACAAACUCGUUUCGAAUAUUACAAAAGAUCAAGUUUCCAACGUGCAAAUAUUAAAAAGGUUAUGCAAAGUGUAUUAAGUGCACCUGUAAAUCAAACUUCUGCAAUUGUUAUGGGUGGUAUAGCUAAGGUUUUUGUUGGUGAAAUUGUGGAGUUAGCAAGAACUAUAAUGGAAGAAUGGCGAGAAAAUGGCCCAAUUAGACCAAGACACAUAAGAGAAGCAUAUAGACGUCUAAAAGAAUCAAAUAAUAUUCCA